AUGGCUGCCGCCGCACGGGCAGCUUCGCACGUGGUGCCUCGUGACAUCAACGUCCUCGUCGUCUUUCCUCAUCUACUUCUACCUCUGGCGAUUCUUCUCGCGCAAGGGUGGGCUGCGGAGCCGGAGUUCACCGACGCGUCGUACUCGCCCCCGGCUGUGUCGCCCAGGCCCAAGGCCCGGAACAGGCAGGAGCUGGAGCGGGCCAUCACAGCAUUGCCCGCAUUCGUCCACUGCUCCGAUAACGGUCACGGCGCCGUGGUUCAGGCGGUGGAGUGCGCGAUAUGUAUCGCGGAGUUCAGCGACGGCGAGGAGGGCCGGCUCCUGCCGCGGUGCGGGGCUGCUGCUCCGGCACCGGUCGUUCCACGCGAGAAAAGGGAAGAAAAGAUUGGCAACACCUACACACUAUGCUGA